AACCAUGAAAAUGAGCUUCGGAUCCCAAAGGCGGUAAACCGUGAAGAUGAGGCGGAGGAGGUCCGACAUGCGUCAGGUGCGUGAGAGGGUGCGUAGGGCCGCCAGGAAAGAAUCCGUGCGACAAAAAAGGUUUAUAUAAUUUCCUGUGACAUCCACCAUUGAAAAUGGGAGAUAAGAUUUUCCAUACCUAAAACAAAAAUGGCCAGACUAUGUCAAGCUAGAAGUUCCCCAUUGCCAAGAAUACACAGAUCAACAAGAGAAAAGAAAAAAUGUAGAAAUGCGUCGCGACGCGUUACUCAGACUGCAGGAAAUUUUGAUAUUUGUUCGAAAUAUCCAGGAGGACGCAAUUCAAAUUCCCGUACCGUUACACAGUACCAGUCAAACCUGGAACUAAACGAAUUGUCAAAAUUAUUAGAAGUGACCCGAAAUGUUAAACGAUUGAAAGAAAGGUGGCUGGCAUUAGGUUUCUUUUGUGCACUGGCAUUUAUGCAAUGUUGCAUUUGGAAUACUUGGGGACCGAUAGCAGGUUCAGCCAUGAUGGCAUUUCCUUCUUGGCACAAAAGCCUUGUGGCUCUUCUUUCGAAUUGGGGAUGCAUCACGUAUCUUACGUGCUGUUUUCCAUGCUGUUGGCUUCUAUAUACGAAAGGUUUGCUGAUCCCUAUUCGUCUGGCUGCUAUAUUAUCAAGCCUUGCAACUUUUAUACGAUGCUUGUCUUCGCAGGAAAUUAUUUUCACCACAACAGCGCAUAUCGCGGCAAUUUUAAAUGGUUUGUCUGGAGUAAUAGUAGGUCCAGCAACAGCUCUUGUAUCUGGCAUAUGGUUUCCUAGUGGGGAACGCACCACGGCUACUGGAAUUUCGGCAGCUUUCAAUCAGCUGGGAAUGGCACUGUCGUACUUAAUUGGGCCUGCUAUUGUUGGGAUCCCAGUAUCUAAUGCAACUUACAGGGUAUUUAAUGUUACGGAAAAUAUAGUUUAUGCCAGAAAAAAAUAUUCAGUUCAUUCAAUGCCAAGGAUUGCCAUGGAUUCCGACGCCAUUAAAAUGUUUCCCAAUGCUACGUUUGAUCAUGUCGCUCUACGCGUUCAAAUCAUGUCGUUCAUGAGAAUAGAAAUGAUAGCUCAGUUAUUGGUUCUCUUUGGCGUUCUUUGGCUUUUUCCAAAACAACCUUAUACGACUGUAGAAACUUCUACUACGCAGUCAUCUCACCUUACAGUGUUGGACUCCAUUCUCCGUUUGCUUAACAAUAAAAACAUGUGGCGGUUAUGCCUGGCUGCGGCUUUAAGCCAAGGAGUUACUGGACCCUGGUUAGCAAUGAUUACGAUGACGUUCGGGCCAGCUGUCACUCAAGAUGAGGCGGACAGGCUUGCUUUUUGGACUAUUAUAUGUAGCAGUGUCCUCAGCCUUACAGCAUCCAGAGUCAUGGAUAUAUUUCAAGGACAUCUCAAAAUCGCCAUAUAUACGCUUCUCGCAGUAUCAUCGGCGAUGUUUCUCUGGGUUCUUCUACUCGACAGUCAUAUUCUAUCUUUUCACAAACAUGAACUUUACACUGCAGUGAUCUUGGGUAUUUCCGCCAGCUGGUCGACUCCUGCACUGUUUUUGGAACUGGCAUCCGAGAUUGCAUUUCCCAUUUCUGAAGCUAUCGUUGGCGGUUACAUGAUCUUCCUAGCUAACGUAAUCGGCAGCAUGUUUUACUUUUUGUAUUUUGUGCCAGAAAUGGGAGAACAUUGGUCCAGCUAUUGUGUUUUCGGCAAUCUCACCCUGGCCUUUAUUUUAGUGAUUUACGUGAAGGAGGAAUAUAAUAGGACUAAACUGGAGUAA